GCAUCACAUGACGCUUCUCUUGUGACAAUCCAGACAGAAAGGAAAAGCCUUUCUGACUUCCAGCUGAGUUGUCGGACGCGGCGACACGCGUUGUUUUGGUGCCAAAGGACCAAGUUGAAGGAGGGCCAUGGAGCUGAGUUAACCAUUACCAGCAGCACCGCGCCAUUCCGGCCUCUGAAGUGAACGUUUGGUGAACAUUUGGGUUGUUGCGCCACCGGGGACAAAGUUGGCGCAUGGAGAGGGACGAAGUUUCCUUUUUGCGCAGCGUGUUUUCUUUGUUUUUCGUCGCCACUGCGUGUCAGCGAACGUCGCACAGCUUUUUAACGGCACCGAGAGCCGAGUAGUUUAGUUUGGACCCUGUGCGUUGCGGAAGACUUCAGGCAGAGACAAGUUGAGGACGUCGGCUGAGAUGGUGGACAGCAAGCCCCUGCUCCAGGACCGGCCGCCCGCCUACAACGCCGUCCCGGGCGCGUAUGAGUCCGGCCCGCAGCCGCCGCAGCCGCAGCUCGGCUACGGAGCCAUCCCGCCGGCGGCCCCUCCGCCGUACCCGUACCAAGGCGGCCAAGGAUACCCGCCGGCCCAGAUGAACCCAGCCGUGUCCCAGCAGCCCUACGCCGGGACCUACACCAUCAUCCAGCCGUCGGUGGUGGUGGUGGGAGGAUGUCCGACCUGCAGAGUGGGCGUCCUGGAGGAUGACUUCACCUGCCUGGGGAUCCUCUGUGCCAUCUUCUUCUUCCCUCUGGGCAUCCUGUUCUGCUUUGCUCUGCGUCAGAGAAGGUGUCCCAACUGUGGCGCCACCUUCGGCUAGAGGGACCAAACUACAGCUGCUGCACACGCUUCUACACACACACACACACACACACACACACUCGACCCACCAUGUCUGUGUCUUUUAUUUUGUAAUCUUUUCUUAAUAUUGCACAUUGCUGUACAACCAACGAUCUAGAUAUUACCAUGUGAGUUUUUGUUUGAGGCACGUGUAGAAAUCUACUUCUGCUCGCUGAGGAAACGUUCUUGCAUCUGUCCAGCUGUCGUCAGUGCCUUCACUACAUGCUGCGUGAUGAUCAUCCACCAGUCAUGACUUCUUCUCUAGGUUUAGCUCAGUGAUCCGCUGGUCUGAGCAGAUUCCUUCGUGUUUUGUCGGGUCGAGCCGAGGCCCGUAGAGCUCCUGGCCUCAGCUCGCUCCCUCCUUUUUGUAUAUGCUGGGUCACCUGCUCUUGGAUAACAUUGUGCUUAGUAAUAUCAUGCUCAGAUCACUUUUGAAUUAGUUUUUAGGAAAUGCAAGCCUUGUUUUUUUUUCUAAUCGUUUUGUUCCUGUUUUUGGUUCGUUGUGUCACACGGAGCAACACGUAGAACCGGUUCAGAAAGACGUGUGGAGGUCCUCGGACUGUCCAGCUGAAGCUGUGUGAGGCAGGAAAGCGUUUGUCUGUUUUUGUCGAUUUAUUUCUUGGGGCCAUAUUUGCACUGACCGUUCGUCUGAUGAUUCUUCUGCUGGGUUGUGCUUUUCCAGGGCCGAUGCAGACCUCAGGUACAAACAAUCUGAAACGCCCUCGACUUUACAACCUCAACCACUGUUUGGUCUCGUGCUCACUUUCAGAGAACUCUGGUGUCAAAGCGCAGACUCCUCCUUUAAUGAGUUGAACUUGUAGGAAGCAUGCUGAAGAAAUCUCUCAAUAAUGUGUAUAAUCUCUGGAUUUUUACCUUCUGUGACAAGUCAACCUGCCCCGAUCCUCCCAGCCAGACAAUCAAGCCAGAAUGUGUCCUCGUAUCUGCUGUAUCUCCGUGUCUACGUCUUCCAUCACAUCAAGAUGUUCUAAAACUGUCAACGGCAGAAGAGAAGGAGAUAGAACUGGAUGGGAGGGCUUUCAAAAAAGAAUCUUGCUUUAGAAAACACACUACGCACGCUGUUAUGAUUGAGAUUCUUACUUUUUAUAUAUGAGUUACUGUAAUUAAAAAUGAAUGCUACUCA